AAUCAACCGCAUGGGCAUGAUCCUGUCCAGAUCCAAACAAGUGAACCAUAUCAGGUUAUGAGUCACGUCGCAUGCAUGUUCAGUUUUAUAUCUACGCAGUACAAGAUAAACAUAACCUAAAUGAUGGAUUCUGGAGAUGAAGGAGUCGAAGAGAAACGUGUCGCAAAACGCCACAAGCCUAUAAACAGAAAAACUAAAUUAAGUAUAGUGUUCAACGAAAACGCUAGAAAGGAUUUUUUAACUGGAUUUCAUAGACGGAAAUUGGGCAGAAAAAGGAAGGCACAAGAAGAGCUAAAACAAUGGCUGAAAGAAGAAAAAAAGCGUAUAAAGAAAGAGGCAAAGGAGGAAAUAAAGAAGCUAGUACUGACCAACCGACCUAUUCCCGAGUUAGAACACCUUCACUCAGAAGAGUAUGAGUUGCCCAACCAUUCCGUCAGCAUCGUGGAGCUCUCCUCUACCGCCCUGGAGAAUAAGAACCACUGGAUUGGCUCCAACAAGGUGACAUAACAAGUUCUUAGAAAUCUUGGAGCCUG